AUGACGAUGCUGACCGCGCGUGCGCUGCAGCAGACGGGGGGCCUCCUGCUUCGCUCAAGGCUUCUCGAGCUGCCAGUAGCUGGGGCCCGUGCCGCCGGCACCGCCGCGGACCCGCCGAGAGCUGUGAUCGAGUUGUUCGACUCAGCAGGCGGCCCCGCUCGGCCAGACCUGCUGGAGCUGGCCGAUCUCGCCCCGCAGCCCGAGGACUGGAACAGCGGGAUCCUGCUCGGGCCCGUCGCGUUCCCCGACCCCGCGCCCCAGGGCGACCCGAUGCGCAUCGGCUUCCAGCUCUCCGUCGACUGGCAGAUCGAGGGGGCGAGGCACCUCGCCGCCGACAAGCACAAUGGCGAGGGCAUGGGACGCAGCCCGCGAGGAAAGCCCAAGCCCGCCGCCCUUCUGCGGCGCGCGGGCGCGCGGGCCGCGCAGCGAGGCAAGGGCCGGCCACUGGCGGCCAGCUGCGAGCAGGUCGAGGCGGGAACGGCGGCGCAGCUGCUGGGGGCGCGGUCCGCCCCGGCGCCUUCCCAGCGCGGAGCGGCAAAGGAGGCCCUGGCGACGGCGAGCGGGCUGCGCCAGCGGGCCGACGGGUGGGCCCAGUGGCCAGGAUCAACGGGGCCGAGGGGCCGCGGUCUCCUGGCGCUCAAGAGGGCCAUCGAGCGCGAGCCGCAGAAGUGGCCCGCCCACGUCGACGCCGCGACCUUCGCCGAACUCGGCUGCGACGCCGCAGAGCUGCUCAUGGCUUGCGGGUUCCCGUACGGUUUGGCUGGAGAGCGGAGCCGCGCCGCGGUCGCCGCAAAUGCGGGCGUGGUGGCUUCGGGAGAGACGCCGGCGGCGCAAGGACAACGCGUCCGCCGCCUACCUCCAUUGGCUUUCGCUCGGGCGCCCCGCCCCGCUGGCGGGCCAGCGUCGGCCUGCCUCGCCGCGCCCUUGACCGCGAAGCAACAGCUGUUUCGCCGGCUUGGCGACAAGUUUCCUGGCUGUUGCCGCGUCGGGUUCUGGGUGCCACCCCUGACUGGCGGCGUCGCUGGCACCCGUCGGGCCGCGACGGGGCUCGUGAACGAUUGGCGCUUGGGAGGCAGCGCGCGCCGCGCGGGGCGCCUCGGCAUCCCUGCCAGGGGGGCGACGAGCGGGCUCCAGGAAGCGGUCGCGCCGCCCGAGCGCGGCUCCAUCUUCCGCGGCGGGUGCUUGUCGAUCUCCACGGACGACGUCGAACAUUUCUUCCACCUCCCGCAGUUGCCGGGCGCCCGGGCGCAGGAGGCCGUUCUCGGCGGUGACCUCGGGGCCGACGAGCAGCCGGGGCAAGGGGCCCCUUGCGAGGUGGACUACCUCCGCCAGCGAGGCCGCGGCAGAGUCGCGUCGGCCCCGGCUGCGCCUGUGGCGGGUUUGGCGGAGACUGACGCCGAACAGUGCGCGCUCGAUGAACUCAGCGCGCGCAUGGUGAGCGCGUUCUGGCGCGCGGUAGAGGUGCGCCUGCCGACGCUGCCAGCAGCCAGACUCCGCCCUUGGAUCAUCAACGCGACUUUGGAGUUGAUCACCUCGCGGAGCGACGCCUGGAAGACAGGCGACUGCGCCAAGAAGAAGCAGCUCCGCGGCAUGAUCGAGGCCGAGUCGCACUCGGACCUCGAGGGCCUGCGGCUGAGGCGUAGCGCAGAGAGGAUCGGGGCGCUCGCCGCGCAGGCUGGGGCGCGGUGCGUAGGAGGCGACGAGCCUCGGGCCCGCUGGGGCCCAGCUGCGCUCUGCUGCCGGCGCCGGGCGCCAGCGCCGGAGCCGCAGCGCGACCCCAUCAAACGGGACCUCCUCGGCUUCCAGACCACGCAGGACUCCGAGCGCUGGUCGUCACGCAAGGGCGAGACCGUGGCCCUGGCCACUCCCCCAGUCAUGCUCACGGUGCAGCUGCCGGACGACUACGAGCCCGGCAUGCCGGUGUCCAUGGAGGGCCCGCACGGGCGCAUUGAGGUGCCGGGGCCGUCCGACCCCGACGCGAAGCCCGGCUCCGUCCUCCAUUUCAGCCUUGCUCCCUCGCCCGACUUCCAGGUCGAGGUGCCGGAGGGCGCGGGCAUCGGCGCGGAGGUACGGCUGAGGCGGCCCGACGGGGUGGAGAUCUCGGUGCCCGUGCCGAAGGGCCUGAGACCGGGGGAUACGUUCAACAUCUCCCCGCCUGCGCUGAUGGUGCGGGUUCCAGAGGGCUGCGCGCCAGGCCAGCGCGUGGUGUUCAAGGAGCCAGGUGCUGGCGAGUCCGAGUGGUGCCGCGUCGUCGUGCCUGAGGGCGUUGUCCCGGGCGGCUAUUUCGCGGCCCGCCUGCCACCGCCCAGCGAGCCGAAGUCGAAGCCCAGGGCCGGGCCCGCCUACUCCAGCCGCGCCAAGGGCGCCUGA